AUGGCGAUCGCUGGACGCAGGCCAGCUGGCAACCCCCACUGGCUUUCCGAUGACGAUCACCGGCCAAAGGCGGCCAUUACCCACCCCCCACAUCUUGCCUGCCGCCUGGGUAAUGUGGCUUUAGAUAAUCUAAAGAUAAAAGAAAAUGCUCUGAGUGAAUUGGAUGUUCCUUUUAAAGUCAAGGCUGGCCAAAUCAAUAAAUUAACUUUGAAGAUUCCUUGGAAGAAUCUUUAUGGAGAAGCAGUUGUUGCGACUCUGGAAGGAUUAUACCUGCUUGUUGUUCCUGGAGCAAGUAUUAAAUAUGAUGCUGAAAAAGAAGAAAAGUCUUUGCAAGAUAUUAAACAGAAAGAGCUCUCCCGAAUUGAAGAAGCCCUUCAAAAGGCAGCAGAGAAAGGCGCACAAUCAGGGGAGUUCAUAUAUGGCUUGGAAAACUUUGUUUACAAGGACAUCAAGCCUGGACGUAAGCGUAAAAAGCACAAAAAACAUUUUAAGAAACCUUUUAAAGGUCUUGAUCGCUCAAAAGAUAAACCAAAAGAAGCCAAAAAGGAUACAUUUUUGGAAAAAUUGGCAACUCAAGUAAUUAAAAAUGUACAAGUAAAAAUCACAGACAUUCAUAUUAAAUAUGAAGAUGAUGUUACUGAUCCAAAGCGGCCCCUUUCAUUUGGUGUCACACUGGGAGAACUUAGUUUGUUGACUGCAAAUGAACACUGGACUCCAUGUGUGUUAAAUGAAGCAGAUAAAAUUAUAUACAAGCUUGUCCGACUUGAUAGCCUUAGUGCCUACUGGAACGUAAACUGCAGCAUGUCUUACCAGGGAUCAAGGGAACAGAUCUUGGAUCAUCUGAAAAGUGAAAUUCUUACAAGCAAUGAUAUUCUACCAAGCCAUCAAUACAUUUUCCAGCCAAUAUCAGCCUCUGCAAAACUCUACAUGAAUCCUUAUGCAGAAACAGAGCUCAAAACACCCAAACUUGAUGGGAACAUAGAAGUACAAAAUAUUGCCAUCGAACUGACCAAACCUCAGUACUUAAGUAUGAUUGACCUUUUGGAGUCAGUGGAUUACAUGGUUAGAAAUGCCCCUUACAGGAAAUAUAAACCUUAUGUACCACUUCAUACCAAUGGUCGACAAUGGUGGAAAUAUGCAAUUGAUUCAAUUCUUGAAGUUCAUAUAAGAAGGUGUACACAUAUGUGGUCAUGGAGUAACAUAAAAAAUCACAGGCAAUUGCUCAAGAGUUAUAAAUGUGCCUACAAAACCAAACUGACCCAGACUAAAGUCCCAGAAGAAAUACAGAAACAAAUUCAGGAUUUGGAGAAGACUCUAGAUGUUUUUAACAUAAUUUUAGCAAGGCAACAAGCACAAGUUGAGGUGAUUCGGUCCGGGCAGAAAUUAAAGAACAAGUCUACUGAUGCAGGCGAGAAACGUGGAGGCUGGUUUAGUGGGUUUUGGGGUAAGAAGGAAAGUAAGAAAAAAGAUGAAGAAUCUUUGAUUCCUGAAACUAUUGAUGACCUUAUGACUCCAGAGGAAAAAGAUAAGUUCUUCACAGCUAUUGGUUAUAGUGAGAGCACCCACAACCUAACUUUACCCAAACAGUAUGUUGCUCAUAUAAUGACACUGAAAUUAGUAAGCACGUCUAUUACAAUAAGAGAAAACAAAAAUAUUCCAGAAAUACUAAAAAUUCAGAUAAUUGGUCUGGGCACCAAAGUAUCUCAGCGACCAGGAGCACAAGCACUUAAGGUGGAAGCAAAAUUAGAACACUGGUAUAUAACAGGUCUGAAACAGCAGGAUACUGUUCCAUCACUUGUGGCUUCAAUUGGUGAUACUGCAUCAUCUUUGCUUAAAAUUGAAUUUGAAACCAAUCCCGAGAAUAGUACUGCUGACCAGACCCUCGUUCUUCAGUCUCAGCCUGUGGAGGUCAUCUAUGAUGCAAAAACCAUUAAUGCAGUGGUUGAAUUCUUUCAAUCAAAUAAGGGAUUAGAUCUUGAGCAAAUAACAUCAGCUACAUUGAUGAAGCUGGAAGAAAUUAAAGAGAGAACAGCUACAGGACUUACACAUAUUAUUGAAACUCGAAAAGUCCUUGAUUUAAAGAUAAAUCUGAAGCCUUCUUAUCUCAUAGUUCCACACACAGGCUUCUACCACAAAAAGUCAAAUCUUCUCAUUUUAGAUUUUGGUACAUUUCAGCUUAACAGUAAAGAUCAAGGCUUGCAGAAGAAUGGUAAUUCAUCUCUGGAGGAAAUAAUGGAUAAGGCAUAUGACAAGUUUGAUGUUGAAAUAAAAAGUGUACAACUACUCUUUGCAAGAGCAGAGGAAAACUGGAAAAAGUGUCGAUUUCAGCAUCCAUCAACUAUGCAUAUUUUGCAACCCAUGGAUAUUCAUGUUGAGUUGGCCAAGGCAAUGGUGGAAAAAGACAUUAGAAUGGCCAGAUUUAAAGUAUCAGGAGGGCUUCCUUUGAUGCAUGUGAGAAUUUCUGACCAGAAGAUGAAAAAUGUGCUAUGUUUGAUUAACAGUAUACCCUUGCCACAGAAAUCAUCUGUACAGUCUCCUGAGAGACAGGUAUCCUCCAUUCCUGUUAUUUCAGAUAGGACAAAAGACCUACUUGGUACAUCACUGUUGCUAGAUGGAGUGGAAUCAGAGUCUGAUGAUGAGUAUUUUGAUGCUGAAGAUGGAGACAUACAGACUGGUAAAAGUAUGAAAGGAUCAGAACGAAAAAAAGUUGCAGAGGCUCCAAAUGAGGAGCUCAUUAAUCUUCUACUAAAGUUUGAAAUUAAAGAGGUGAUUUUGGAAUUUACCAAACAACAGAAAGAAGAAGAUACAAUUCUAGUAUUUAAUGUUACUCAGUUAGGAACAGAGGCUACAGUGAGAACAUUUGAUUUAACUGCAGUAUCUUACCUGAAGAAAAUCAGCUUGGAUUACCAUGAAAUUCAAGGAUCCAAAAAAAAGCCACUUCACUUGAUUAGCUCUUCUGACAAACCUGGAUUAGAUCUUUUAAAAGUGGAGUAUAUUAAGGCUGAUAAGAAUGGACCUAGUUUUCAAACUACUUUUGAAAAAACUGAACAAACAGUUAAGGUGGCUUUUUCAUCUUUAAACCUGUUGCUGCAAACACAAGCUCUUCUCUCUUCUAUUAAUUACCUGACAACCAUUAUUCCAUCAGAUGGCCAUAAGAUGGGUGAUGCCAAGGAAGUACAAAUUUCAACUGAAAAGCAACAAAAAAAUUCAGCUCUGCAGAAAGUGAUUGUAUCCUCUAAGGAUAGUGACAUUAUUGACUUCAGGCUGUUUGCCAAGUUGAAUGCUUUCUGUAUCAAUGUUUGUGAAGAGAAGAACAAUAUCGCUGAAAUCAAGAUUCAAGGACUCGAUGCCUCUCUUCUUCUUCAGUCAAGAAAACAGUCUCUAUUUGCAAGACUGGAAAAUAUUAUUGUCACAGAUGUUGAACCCAAGACAGUUCAUAAAAAAGUGGUGUCAAUAAUGGGAAAUGAAGUUUUUCGUUUUAAUUUGGAUUUGUAUCCAGAUGCUACUGAGGGAGAUUUCUAUACUGACAUGUCCAAAGUGGAUGGUGUGGUAUCACUGAAUGUUGGCUGCAUUCAGAUUGUCUAUCUUCAUAAAUUCCUCAUGUCAUUCCUGAACUUCCUGAACAAUUUCCAGACAGCCAAAGAGGCUCUGAGUGCUGCCACUGCCCAGGCUGCAGAAAAGGCUGCCACAAGCGUGAAAGAUCUUGCCCAGAGGAGUUUUCGUGUUUCUAUCAAUAUUGAUUUGAAAGCACCAGUUAUUGUCAUCCCACAAUCUUCCAUUUCCACCAAUGCAGUAGUGGUAGAUCUUGGGUUAAUGAGAGUUCAAAAUCAGUUCAGUCUGGUGUCUGGUGAAGACUUCUUAAACCCUCCAGUAAUUGAUAGAAUGGAUGUACAGCUAACAAAGCUUAAACUUUCUAGGACCGUGAUCCAGCCUGGCAUUUCCCAUCCUGAUAUUCAGCUGCUGCACCCAAUUAACUUGGAGUUUUCUGUAAAUAGGAACCUGGCUGCAUCUUGGUACCACAAGGUGCCUGUUGUGGAAAUUAAAGGGCAUCUUGAGUCAAUGAAUGUUAAUCUAAAUCAAGAAGACCUUAAUCUUUUAUUUAGAAUACUUGCAGAAAAUCUUGGUGAGGCUACUGAAGACUUGAAUAAAGUGAAACCAAGAACACAAGAGACAGGUAAGAGGCUCACAGUUGUGCUUACUUUGAUGAAAAAAGCAGAAAAGAAAGGAAGGCCUUUACAUGAACUAAAUGUCCUCCAGCUUGGAGUGGAAGCUAGAGUUAAAACCUAUGACCUAACUGCUAAAGCUUAUCUAAAAAAAAUUAGUAUGCGAUGCUUUGAGUUUACUGACUCUAAAGGAGAACCUCUUCAUAUUAUUAACUCUUCUAAUGUAACUGAUGAACCCCUUCUGAAAAUGUUAUUGACAAAGGCAGACUGUGAUGGACCGGAAUUUAAAACCAUUCAUGACAAUACCAAACAGAGACUGAAGGUUUCAUUUUCAUCCUUAGACUUAGUACUUCAUUUGGAAGCUUUAUUAUCCCUCAUGGGUUUUUUAUCAUCUGCUGUUCCAUCCUCUGAACCUUCUGAAAAGGAAUCUGAACUGAAGCCACUUGUGGGGGAGUCCAGAAGUCUCAUUGUCAAAGCUGUGUCCAGUAAUACUUCUCAAGAUGAUGUGUUUGACUUAAAGAUCAUGGCUGAAUUAAAUUCAUUUAAUGUCUUUGUCUGUGAUCAGAAGUGUAGCAUUGCAGAUAUUAGAAUACAUGGAAUGGAUGCCUCCAUUUCUGUGAAGCCAAAGCAAACUGACAUGUUUGCCAGACUUCAAGAUAUCAUUGUCACCAAUGUAGAUUUGAUGUCUAUUCACAAAAAGGCUGUCUCUAUUUUGGGAGAUGAAGUCUUUAGGUUCCAAAUGACUCUUUAUCCAGAUGCCACAGAAGGAAAGGCCUAUGCCGAUAUGUCUAAAGUAGAUGGCAAACUUAGUCUCAAAGUGGGCUGUAUUCAAAUUGUUUAUGUUCAUAAAUUCUUCAUGUCUCUUCUGAACUUUCUCAACAAUUUCCAAACUGCCAAAGAAGCUUUGAGUGCAGCCACGGUACAGGCUGCAGAAAGAGCUGCUUCUAGCAUGAAAGACUUGGCUCAGAAGAGUUUCCGCCUUUUGAUGGAUAUCAAUUUGAAAGCACCAGUUAUUAUCAUUCCUCAGUCUUCAGUAUCACCUAAUGCUGUGAUAGCCGACCUGGGUUUAAUCAGAGUGGAAAACAAAUUUAGCUUAGUUCCUAUGGAACAUUCUUCUCUUCCCCCAGUGAUUGACAAAAUGAACAUCCAACUCACUCAGUUGAAACUCUCCAGAACUAUCUUGCAGGCUGACUUACCACAAUAUGACAUUGAAAUUUUAAAACCAGUCAACAUGCUUUUGUCUAUACAGCGAAAUUUAGCAGCAACAUGGUAUGUGCAAAUUCCAGGGAUGGAGAUUAAAGGAAAACUGAAACCUAUGCAGGUUGCUCUCAGUGAAGAUGAUUUAACAGUUUUAAUGAAAAUUUUGCUGGAAAAUCUUGGGGAAGCUUCUUCACAGCCAAGCCCUACACAGUCUACCCAGGAGGCUGUAAGAGUAAGAAAAGAUGUUUUGAGUGGACCUGACCACCUCAAAGAACAAGAUUUGGCAGACACACAGCUUUCUGUGGAUCAGAGUGUCACUCUGCAAUUUGACUUUCACUUUGAAUCUCUUUCCAUUGUUCUUUAUAACAAUGAUACCAACCAGGAAUCCAAACUUUCAUUUCAUAAUGACAGUUUCCGCCUUGGUGAACUCAGACUACAUUUUAUGGCCUCCUCAGGGAAGAUGUUUAAGGAUAGUUCCAUGAAUGUGGGCAUUAAACUUAAGACAUGUACCCUUGAUGAUCUCAGAGAAGGCAUUGAGAGAGCAACAUCAAGAAUGAUUGAUAGGAAGAACGACCAAGAUAACAACAGUUCUAUGAUUGAUAUAAGUUACAAACAAGGCAAAGAUGGAAGAAGUCAUCUUGAUGCUGUUCUUGACAAGCUGUAUGUAUGUGCCAGUGUGGAAUUUCUGAUGACUGUGGCAGAUUUCUUUAUCAAAGCGAUGCCUCAGAGUCCAGAAAAUAUGGCAAAAGAAGUACAGAUUCCACUGCGACAGACUUCUACAGCAAAACUCAAGAUAGAAAAAGAUGACUCUGUGAGACCAAAUAUGACUUUAAAGGCCAGGGUCACAGAUCCAGAAGUGGUAUUUGUUGCCAACCUGACAAAGGCAGAUGCUCCUGCUCUGACAGCCUCAUUCCAGUGUGACCUCUCUCUGUCAACAUCCAAACUCGAACAGAUGAUGGAGGCUUCUGUGAGAGACCUUAAAGUGCUUGCUUGCCCUUUUCUCAGAGAAAAGAGAGGAAAAAACAUUACCACAGUCUUACAGCCCUGUUCUCUAUUUAUGGAAAAAUGUGCAUGGGUUUCAGGAAAACAAAAUAUAAAUAUUGUAGUUGGAGAAUUUAUAAUUAAGAUUUCACCCAUAAUUCUUAAUACUGUGAUGACAAUCAUGGCCGCUUUGUCUCCAAAGACAAAAGAAGAUGAAUUCAAAGAUACAUCUAAGGAAACAGGAAAUCUUUGGGGUGUCAAAUCUAUUAGUGAUUAUAACUCUUGGUUUCUUGGUGUUGACAUGGCAACAGAAAUAACAGAAAAUUUCAGAGGUGCUGAACAGCCAUUGAUAGAGGAAAAUUGUGCUGUUGCUGUAGAGUCAGUUCAAGUUACCUUAGAAUGUGGACUUGGUCAUCAAACUGUACCUUUAUUAUUGGCGGAGUCAAAAUUUUCAGGAAAUAUAAAAAAUUGGACUUCCUUCAUGGCUGCUUCUGCUGACAUGACACUAGAGGUUCACUAUUACAAUGAAACCCAUGCUGUCUGGGAGCCACUGAUUGAGAGAGUGGAGGGANNGAGACAAUGGAAUUUAAGGCUUGAUGUAAAGAAGAAUCCAGUCCAGGAUAAAAGUUUGAUGCCCGGAGAUGAUUUUAUUUUUCUUCCUGAGCCACAAACAGCAGUUCAUAUUUCUUCAGGAGAUACAAUGAAUAUAACAAUAUCCAAAAGUUGUCUCAAUGUUUUCAAUAAUUUAGCAAAGGGUUUUUCAGAAGGCACUGCUUCUACUUUUGACUACUCUUUAAAAGACAAGCCUCCUUUUACAAUAAAAAAUGCUUUAGGUGUUCCCACUAAGGUGCAGCCCAAUCAUAAUCUCAGAGUAAUGGGCUCCCCUGAGAAAAGUGAUAUUUAUGAUGUUCAUGCUGGUCAGAAUUUGGAAUUGGAAUAUGCCAGCAGGGAACCUUCAUGUCAAGGGAAACUAUCUAUAUUGAGCCGCCAAGAAAGCUCCUUCUUCACCCUGACUUUUGUACCUCAUGGAUAUACAGAAGUUGCAAAAGUCCCUAUUGUCAGACCUGGUCGGCAGUUGUACAAUGUACGGAAUCCCAAUGCCAGUCAUUCUGAUUCAGUCUUGGUACAAAUUGAUGCAACUGAAGGGAAUAAAGUGAUCACCCUUCGCUCUCCUCUUCAGAUUAAAAACCAUUUCUCUAUUGCAUUCAUCAUCUAUAAAUCUGUUAAAAAUGUUAAGUUAUUGGAGCGCAUUGGAGUAGCAAGACCUGAAGAGGAGUUCCAUGUUCCUUUAGAUUCGUAUAGAUGUCAAUUAUUUAUUCAACCAGCUGGUGUCUUAGAGACUCAAUACAGAGAAUCUACCACUUACAUUUCCUGGAAGGAAGAACUUCACAGGAGCAGGGAAGUGAGAUGCAUGCUGCAGUGUCCAUCAGUAGAAGUCAACUUCUUACCUCUCAUAGUCAAUACAGUUGCUCUGCCUGAUGAAUUAAGCUAUAUAUGUACACAUGGGGAAGACUGGGAUCCGGCUUACAUUAUUCAUCUUUACCCUACCCUCACUUUGCGGAAUCUUCUCCCAUAUUCCCUAAAAUAUUUACUUGAGGGAACAGCAGAAACUCAUGAGCUAGCAGAAGGCAGUGCUGCUGAUGUUCUACAUUCAAGAAUAAGUGGAGAAAUAAUGGAAUUAGUUCUGGUGAAAUAUCAGGGCAAAAACUGGAGUGGACAUUUCCGUAUACAUGAUACACUUCCGGAAUUCUUUCUUGUGUGUUUUUCUUCUGACUCCACAGAAGUGAUGACAGUCGACCUGUCAAUACAUGUCAGAAGAAUUGGCAUUCGGAUGGUGCUAUCUGUCUUUAGUCCCUACUGGCUAAUCAACAAGACUUCUCGGGUUCUCCAAUAUCGUUCAGAAGAUAUUCAUGUGAAACAUCCAGCUGAUUUUAGGGAUAUUAUUUUAUUCUCUUUCAAGAAGAAGAACAUUUUUAGUAAAAAUAAGGUGUGUUUUUGUCUCGAGACUUUUAAGGAAUACAUAGUUGGUGUUAGCAUCAAAAUGAGUAGUUUUAAUCUUACACGAAUAGUUACUCUGACUCCCUUUUGUACCAUUGCAAAUAAGUCCUCAUUAGAACUAGAAGUUGGUGAAAUUGCACCUGAUGGCUCCAUGCCGACUAAUAAGUGGAACUAUAUUGCUUCUUCAGAGUGUCUUCCAUUUUGGCCUGAAAAUUUGUCAGGCAAACUUUGUGUGAGAGUAGUAGGCUGUGAAGGAUCCUCCAAACCAUUCUUUUAUAACCGACAGGAUAAUGGCACUCUAUUGAGCUUAGAAGAUCUGAAUGGAGGUAUCUUGGUGGAUGUAAACACUGCUGAACAUUCAACGGUCAUAACCUUCUCUGAUUACCAUGAAGGAUCUGCACCUGCUCUGAUAAUAAACCAUACACCCUGGGACAUCCUCACAUAUAAACAGAGUGGGUUACAGGAAGAAGUGAAAUUGCUGCCAAGACAAGCUCGACUUUUUGCCUGGGCUGACCCUACUGGUACCAGAAAACUUACAUGGAGAUAUGCAGCAAAUAUUGGGCAACAUGAUCUAUUAAAGGAUGAAUGUGGACAGUUUCCAUAUGAUGCAAACAUCCAGAUACACUGGGUGUCGUUCCUGGACGGGCGCCAGAGAGUUUUGCUUUUCACUGAUGAUGUUGCCUUGGUUUCCAAAGCACUGCAGGCAGAAGAAAUGGAGCACGCUGAUCAUGAAAUAACCUUUUCUCUUCAUAGUCUUGGGCUUUCCCUGGUUAACAAUGAAAAGAAGCAAGAAGUUUCAUAUAUUGGGAUAACCAGUUCUGGUGUUGUUUGGGAGAUGAAACCAAAACAGAAAUGGAAGCCUUUUAGUCAAAAGCACAUAAUGUUACUGGAACAAUCCUAUAAGAAAUAUCAAGCAGCAAAACAACAUGGCUGGAUCAAACUAGACAAUAAUUUUGAGGUCAAUUUUGAUAAAACUCCAAUGGAAAUGCGCCUCCCUGUUCCGUGCCCUAUAAAGCGGGAUUUUUUAUCAGGAAUUCAAAUUGAAUUUAAGCAGUCUCCCCACCAGAGAAGUUUGAGGGCCAGAUUGUAUUGGCUUCAGGUUGAUAACCAGUUACCAGGGACAAUGUUCCCUGUUGUGUUUCAUCCUGUGGCCCCUCCAAAAUCUAUUGCUUUGGAUUCAGAACCCAAACCUUUCAUUGAUGUGAGUGUCAUCACAAGAUUUAAUGAGUACAGUAAAGUCUUACAGUUUAAGUAUUUUAUGGUCCUCAUUCAGGAAAUGGCCUUAAAAGUUGAUCAGGGCUUUCUGGGAGCUAUAAUUGCGUUGUUUACACCAGCAACUGACCCUGAAGCUGAAAGAAAACGGACAAAGUUAAUCCAGCAAGAUAUUGAUGCCCUAAACACAGAAUUAAUGGAGACUUCAAUGACCGAUAUGUCAGUUCUUAGUUUCUUUGAACAUUUCCAUAUUUCCCCUGUUAAGUUACAUUUGAGUCUGUCUUUGGGUUCUGGAGGUGAAGAAUCAGACAAAGAAAAACAAGAAAUGAUUGCAAUUCAUUCCAUCAAUUUGCUAUUGAAAAGCAUAGGUGCUACUUUGACUGAUGUGGAUGAUCUUAUAUUUAAACUUGCUUAUUAUGAAAUUCGAUAUCAGUUUUAUAAAAGAGAUCAGCUCAUGUGGAGUGUUGUUAGACAUUACAGUGAACAGUUCUUGAAACAGAUGUAUGUCCUUGUAUUAGGCUUGGAUGUGCUUGGAAACCCGUUUGGAUUACUUAGAGGUCUGUCUGAAGGAGUUGAAGCUUUGUUCUAUGAACCCUUCCAGGGUGCUGUACAAGGCCCUGAAGAAUUUGCUGAGGGGUUAGUGAUUGGGGUAAGAAGUCUCUUUGGACACACAGUAGGUGGUGCAGCAGGAGUUGUAUCUCGAAUCACCGGUUCUGUUGGAAAAGGUUUGGCAGCAAUUACAUUGGACAAGGAAUAUCAGCAAAAAAGAAGAGAAGAGAUGGGUCGACAACCUAAAGAUUUUGGAGACAGCUUGGCCAGAGGAGGAAAGGGCUUCCUGCGUGGAGUUGUUGGUGGAGUGACUGGAAUAAUAACAAAACCUAUGGAAGGUGCCAAAAAGGAAGGAGCUGCUGGAUUCUUUAAAGGAAUUGGAAAAGGGCUUGUGGGUGCUGUGGCUGGUCCCACUGGAGGAAUCAUAGAUAUGGCCAGCAGUACCUUCCAGGGAAUUCAGAGGGCAGCAGAGUCAACUGAGGAAGUGUCCAGACUCCGUCCCCCUCGCCUGAUCCAUGAAGACGGCAUCAUUCGCCCCUACGACAGACAGGAAUCCGAGGGCUAUGAUUUAUAUGAGAAUCAUGUCAAAAAGUUAGAAGGAGAGAUGUAUCGAUAUCAUUGCGCUAUUUCUGGAAGCAAGAGGACAGUCCUUAUGAUUACAAAUAGGCGAGUGGUGUGUAUAAAGGAGGUUGAAAUUCUUGGCCUUAUGUGCAUAGACUGGCAGUGUCUGUUUGAAGAUUUUGUAUUUCCUCCGAGUGUCAAUGGGAACCUGCUAAACAUUUCAGUUAAGGAUCAGAGUAUGUUCCACAAAAAAGAUAGUGCCAAUCAAUCCUGUCUCCGGAAAAUUUACCUACUGGAUACCACCACAGCAGAGAGAGCAUGUCAUGCCAUUGAGGAUGCACAGUCCAUGAGACACCAACAAAACUUGAGGAAGCAGUCAUCACUGAAACUUCUCAGGCCCUAAGUACCUUGUAAUCACAGAUCCUAGGGCUGCUCCUGGGAGAAAAUCAGUCAUGUCUGUGAACCACCCUUCUUUAUCUUACCAAAGAGAACAUUUUAAGCAAUCCUUUAGUUGUAGACUUUUUUUUGUAGAAUAGCUGGAUACUUGGUUUUUCAUGUUUUUUUCCUUUGGUUUUGACUCUAAUUUUGUAGCCAUGUGUAUGUUAAUAAUCCACUCUACAGUGCUACAAAUGGGUCAGACCCUUAAAGAAAUAUCACUUCCAACUGAGUGAAAUUUCCAUUAAUGUUAAUAUUGUGAAUCAAAUGGUAAUAGACUUGUUUUUAAUUAAAGCCUUUACUCGAGAAUAAGAAAGGAGCUCAGAUUCAGAUUGUUAUUUGAGAGGUUUUGGACAAACCUUUGGACAAAUAUUGAAUACUUUGUUCAGUAACUGAACUAACAUUUUUGGUAAAUGCGGCAAUUGACUGAAGAGAAGCCACUAAAGGGAGACAUGAUGUUUCCUUUUUUUUUUUCCCUCAUGAAAAACAUUGUUCUCCUAAUAAAAAUGUUUGGUUUGGUGCUUAUUUUCCCUCCUUGCAUUGCAAUAUUAAGACAUGAAAAAUCAAAACUUAAAAUAUCAAUGCUCUGCUCUCUAUAAUGUACCAUUUACAAAAUUUUGGAAAUUAUUUUCAUGUCCUUUCAAGAUGAAUUUAUAUGGCACAACUAUAAUUUGCUGAUACAUGAAACUAUUGCACUUUAAGUUUUAAAGAUUUAGAAGUAUGAAAAGUUUCAUAGUUUUAUAUCUCCAGAAAUUGUUUUUCAUAAGUUGAAAGAUUUUUAAGGGCAUUAUAAAUGAACAGUUAUAAUGCAUGCCUAGAAAUUUAUUUUAAAUACUUAAUAGGAAGAAUGAAAAACCUCUAGUUGCUUUAUGUAUAAGCAAAAUAAGGCAUAUAUAACAACCCUGGAAAAUAAGUGGUAGAUACGUGUUUUGAGGGGGCAGGCCUAUGAGGAUCAAUUCAGUCUACAGUAUUUUUUUGUUUUUUCUGCAUCUUGCUUAUGCUGAUUAAAGAUAUACUGCCUACUAAAGCUUUUUAAAUUCUCAAAAGUACUUAAUUUCCUUGGAUGAAUCUUUAAAUUUGCUCAUGGUUUUUAACAUGGCAUUUAUUUCAAAUCACUGAAUUGAUGAUGAAAUGAAGAUAUGAACACACUUGGUUUGUUCUGUUUUUGUUGGCAUAUGGUAAUGUUUUUACUAUCUUUAUUCAUGUUUUUUUAAAAACUGGCCUUAAAGCGCUAAAAAAUUUUUUCUAGUUAUUAUUUACUGCAGAUUCCAAAAAAGAGGAGGUAAUAACUGAUUCCCUAAAUAUUUGACCUUUGAUAAAGUAUGGUGAUCUUUGCUCUCUUUUCAACAUCUUUCUUUUUUUCUGUGAAGAAAAGUAUCAUUUAUAAAACUUCUAGGAUUAAACAGAAUUCAUCAGUAGUUAAUUGCAGUUUAAGAAAAGAGCGUUACAAACAAUUUCAUAACAGGUGUGCUGUAUUUUGUGUUUUACAACUGACUUAAUCAGGAAUCUGAUAUAUCUAUUUUUCAUAUGAAUCAUAGUUAUUGACAAUGCCCUAAAUAUUUAAGAAAUUUUAUUGUACUAAUGGCAUGUACAAAACAUUGAACUAAGGAAAUAUUAUGAAUUCCUCAUCUCAAGUUGGCUUAAAAAUAAAUUUUCAAAUAUUGGUAA